AUGAUCAUCAAGGAGGAUGACACCCUUUCAUUGGCUAAGGACAGCAGUCAUAACAGUAGCUUUGAGCUGAUGGGCUCAAUGAUCCCAUCAUACCAGCCAGUCAAUAGAGCUGCAGGCAGAGGCCUGUCCAACAGUGCGUUCCGCUCUCCAUCUCCCUACCUCUUCAGAUCCAGCUUCCUCGGCUCUGCUUCAAAGAGCUCAGGUAAGAUGUCCGAACCCUCCCUCUCCCUCCCUGUGGAGGAUUCUCAAGACCUUUAUGCUCCCUCGUCCCCGAGUGAGUCCGCCUUCCCUCCGGCUGGGGAUUCUCAGGGUCGUUUCUCACUGGAGGAGGACACCCACUCCCAGCUACUGGAUGCCGAUGGCUUCUUAAACGUCGGUCCUCGUAGCGUGCCUAGCCGUUCCCACAAACGGCAGCUUAUACUAGACAGUCUGGAUGAAAACGCCAUGGACGCUAACAUGGGUGAGCUCCUAGGGCUCUGCUCAGGGGGCUUUGGAUCAGGGAAGACCCAGCCAGGGGCUUCUCAGCCUGCAGCAGAGGAUGAGCUCCUGGGCUUGUGCUCUGGAGCUUUUGCCACACAGCCUGAAGAACCAGUCGUCAAGCCCAAGGAGAACAAGAAGACCUUGGAGCCAGAAGAGCAAAGAGGGGAGAGUCGAGGCAGCUCCGAGACAGACAUGGACCAGCUGCUGGCUCUCUGUUCUGGCAAGUUCACAGGAAUCCCGUCUGCUUCGUCGCUGCCAUCAGUCUCAAGUCCUGCCUUUGAAAAGCCAUCUGAAACGAACAGGAACAAGAACAUAACUGAGGAACAAGAGGAAGAGGAGGAAAGUGACUGUGAGUUCCGGCUCCUGUCAGAUGUAGACAGCCUUAGUGACAAGGACGAAAAUGAGGAUAAAUCAGAUGCUGAAGAAGGGGAAACUGAGAAUGAAGAGGAAGAGGAACGGGAAGCGGUCUUUGGACGACGCACUAGCAAAAAGAAAAUCCGUUUAGCAGAGUUUGUGGAAUCCGAGGCAGAGUUGUCUGGCAGUGAUGUGGGCGAUGAGGAUGAGGAUGAUUAUGGUGGUGAUGAAUAUGAGGAGGAGGAGAUACAGGAAGAGUUGCCAUCAGAUGAGGAAUUGAUGGACCAAGUUAACAAGAUUCACAUGAAGCAAAUCAUGGAUGAUGAUAAGCAAAAACUGCGGCUUUAUCAGGAGCGUUACCUUGCUGAUGGAGAUCUGCAUUCUGAUGGACCUGGACGAGCUCGUCGUUUCCGCUGGAAAAACAUUGAUGAUAUUUUUGAGUUUGGUGGAAUGGGUCCUGAUGGAGACGAGGAAGAGGAAGAUGAAGAAAUCGAUCAACUGGAGCUGCAAAGACGUAAAGAGCGGCUAGAGAGGGAACAGUGGAUGAGAGAACAGACUGAAGCUCAGGCCAAAAAGGGAGAGGAUGCAGAUGAUGAGGAAAAGAUUGAAGAAGAGGAUAGUCAAUUUAUGAAGCUAGCCAAGAAGCUCACUGCUAAGACCCUUCAAAAGAGAGACCCUUCAGCUGUUCCUCUGCAAGAGAAGGCGGCUCUCAAAGCCAACCAGUUCCGAAAGCCAUUUCAGCCCACCGUGGUCAAGAGAGGCUCAUUACUCAGUCAACCCCGAGCAAUGUUGCAAAAGUUAGCCAGCAUCUCUGACAGUAACCCUUUGGCCCCUCGUAACACACGAGGUUUUCUUUUCCAAACCCUGUCACCGGAAAAAGAGACACCUGCAUCAGAGGGACCCAGAAAACAGGUUAAGAAAAGAGGACAGAUGGACUCUUUUAGCCCUGCUGCCAAGCGGCCAUGUCUCGGGAACUCCCUCAAACCUACAGGACCACCACGAAGUAUUUUCAGCUAUCUGGAAAACUGAAGUUGCUUCCAAACUUCCCAGUAUUACUUACAAUUAAUACAUAACUAUAUUUGUCCCAUUGUCCAAACUAAAUGUUAUGAUGUUGAAAGUUUGUCUUUUUAGACUAUUUGUAUCAUGUAAAUAUUGUGAUUUCUCCUUUUAAGUGAUGUAAUUUUAUUUUU